CGCGCAUUUUGCAAUUGUCGCUCACGCAUGGUUGCUGCGAGCGCGCGCUGUUGCACAUGUCCCGACGACGCUCAGUCCGCCGCACAUUGUCGAUAAUCGCGCGUUGGUGUACGGUACAUCAUAGUCAACGAGUCGCACUAUUCUUGUCCUCCGUCGCUAUUUUUCCGCGUCCACAUUAGGCUGUAUAAUAUCAUAGUAUUACACAUAGCCCGUGGUGAAUUAAAGUCCUGCCGGAUCGCGGAGAAGAAGAUUGAGACGCGACGGCCAACUUCGCUGCCGCCGCCGUUGCAGAGAUGAGUGAGACCAAACUGUUGAUUGGCAGCGAUAUGAUCGCGUCUAAAGACAUGCUCAACCCGUUCGUACACCAUCUGGAGCUGACUUCCACCUACGACAAGUUUAAGACUGCAUUUUUCACCAUAGUUGUUCUACCUGUACGGAUAGUGGCCAUUUUGGUUUUGCUGUUUAUAGCUUGGCUGUUAGCGACUAUUGGUUUGACUGGUGUUAGUCAAACCGAGUUAUCAGAGAGACCACUUACCGGAUGGAGACGCUGCGUCAGACGUGCGGUGUACGUGGUCGUCCGGCUUAUGUUCGGGGCGGUUGGUUUCCAUCGGGUCAGGACUGUCGGCGAACAGGCCACGCGGCAACAGGCACCCGUGCUGGCCGUUGCUCCCCACUCGUCCUUUUACGACGGGCUGGCGGCCGUCGUCACGGGCGGUCCAACCAUCGUAGCUAAGGAAGAGAACUCGUUCAUACCGAUCGUAGGAAGAGUAAUAAACUUCACGCAGCCCGUGUACGUACGAAGAGACGACCCAGAAUCGAGACACAACACAAUACAGGAGAUAAUUCGCCGUGUAAAAUCCGACCUAGACUGGCCUCAGAUCCUAAUAUUCCCGGAAGGCACUUGUACGAACCGAUCGUGCUUGAUAACGUUCAAGCCGGGUGCCUUCUAUCCGGCAGUGCCUGUUCAACCGGUCCUGUUGCGGUACCCUAACAAACUGGACACCGUCACCUGGACGUGGGACGGUCCUGGAGCAUUGAAACUCUUGUGGUUGACUAUGACACAGCCGACUACAACGGUGGAAGUGGAAUUUCUGCCGGUGUACGUGCCCAGCGAAUACGAAAAACAGAAUCCAAAAGCGUUCGCCGAAGGCGUUCGUAACGUGAUGGCCAAGGCACUGGCUGUUCCUACAGCGGACUACACGUAUGACGACUGUCGAGUGGCCGUGAAAGCUGGUCAACUGGGUCUGCCGAUGACCUCGAAUCUGAUCACCGUCGAAAGACUUAGAAGUCGGCUAGGAUUGACUCGAAUUAAGAUCGAGGACUCGGCUCUGGUCAAGAACAUGCUGUUGUUUCAGAAUCGAGAGUCUCAACCGAUAGAUUUGGCAGAAUUCGCAAACAGUUUGAACGUCACCGCCGAGGAUGGUUCACUGGUCAGCCUCUUCAAAAUGCAUCUUGAGGUAAUAUCUGAAGUGAUAGGCUAUAAUAUACUUUAUAGCAGUGGUUCACAAUCGGCUACAGUGAACUGACUUUAGAUGUACCGCCAAAUCAUUGAAAGUAUAAAGCAUCUACACAUAUUAUAGCGUGUGGGGUGCUCCGGGAUUUUUAUAGAACACCCAAGGGUACCACGGACAAAAAAAGGUUGACAACCACUGCUCUAUAAUACACUUAUAUUUAUAAGCAUAUUAUAUAAUAUAUAAAUAUAUUUCAACGUCGUCUCGUCAAAAGUUAUCAAAUGGUUUUUACGGUUUGAUAACGGUUAGUUUCAAAUUCAAAAUUAAAAUAUUUAUUUUGAAAUAAAAAAAUAUUAUCAAUGUUUAUAAUAUGUAUACGAAACUUAUAUCUUUAGAGCCGUGUAAAUAUACCGAUUUCUAAUAAUUGUUAUUACCUAAUUGUUGCUAUUGUUUUAUUUUGAUUAAUAUGUCUAUUCUCUCAAAAAUAUUAACCGGAUCGUUGCCAAUUAUUUCGAAACAUUAUGAAGUUGAUAAAAAAUCAGGUUGAUAUAUUAAGUAUCGAACAAACAAUAAGCAAAAAUGCAGGGGUUGGUUAGGUUAAAAACACAGGCAGGUUUUUAGUUGUUUGGGAUUUAUGCCCCCAAAGCUCAGAUUAAGGGGGAGGGGGCAUAGGCCCGGGCCCACAGCUGAUGACGAUCAGUAGUGGGCCUCUGGGGGGUAUAGUACAUUUUUUAUAAUAUAUGGAUAAUGGAUAUAUAAUUAUUAUUUGGCCCCGGGCUGAAAAUUAUCUUAAUCCGGGCUUGAAUACCCUCAAUGCUCACAUUGAUGUUAAAUAUGUUAGUCCCCCUUGAAAUUAUAAUGGUUUCCACCAAUCGCAGACUGAACCAUUAGUUGUAUUAAUUAAAAUAAGGGCAUUAAAUAAAUCAUUUAUAUAGGUAGAUAUGUUGAGAUAGCCAAGGUAAGAGGGACCACACACGAAUAUAUUAUUAAGACAGUAUUGCACACGGCAUACGUGGCAUGAUAUAUUAAUUACUAUUAAUAAGUGUCACAAGGAAAAGUUGAUAAAAGAACUGUUGCGAAUACUUAAGUGGGACCACCUUGUGAAAGGCCAUGUAAUCUGACUGUUUGUCUAGUAUAUAAGGGCUCUCCAUCAGAGAGAC